AUGACUCCACAAGGAGGCUUUGAGAGAGCAUGGAUUGGCUGUCACAGAGGUGUCUGCUGCUGGCUGCUGCCGCUGGCUUGUUAUUUUUUGAUCGCCUCUGGAGCCAAACCCAAAAUGCCAGGCCACACACACCUCAACUCAAUACGCAUUGAUGGGGACAUUUCUCUGGGUGGGCUGUUCCCUGUGCACGCAAGGGGGAAUGAUGGAAAGGCGUGUGGGGAGCUGAAGAAGGAGAAAGGGAUCCAUAGGCUGGAGGCCAUGUUAUUUGCCCUGGAUCGUAUCAAUAAUGACAACGAGCUGCUGCCCAAUAUCACGCUGGGGGCACGGAUUCUGGACACCUGCUCCAGGGACACCCAUGCUCUGGAGCAGUCGCUGACAUUUGUUCAGGCUCUGAUUGAGAAAGACUCAACCGAUGUCAAGUGUCUCAGCGGAGGUCCGCCCAUCAUCACUAAGCCGGAGAGAGUGGUGGGAGUGAUCGGUGCAUCUGCCAGCUCUGUGUCAAUCAUGGUAGCCAACAUCCUGCGCCUCUUCAAGAUCCCUCAGGUGAGCUACGCCUCCACAGCUCCAGAGCUGAGUGAUAACACCCGCUAUGACUUCUUCUCCCGGGUGGUGCCCCCAGACACCUAUCAGGCCCAGGCCAUGGUGGACAUUGUCAAAGCUAUGCGCUGGAACUACGUCUCCACUGUGGCCUCAGAGGGAAACUACGGGGAAAGCGGUGUUGAUGCUUUUAUUCAAAAGUCUCGAGAAGACGGUGGUCUCUGCAUUUCCCAGUCGGUGAAGAUACCACGUGAACCAAAAACUGGAGAGUUUGAUAAGAUCAUUGGCCGACUGAGCGAGAACCCAAACGCCCGAGUGGUCAUCAUCUUUGCAAAUGAGGAUGACAUCAGGCGACUCCUUUUGGCAGCCAAGAAGGCCAACCAAACAGGACAUUUCAUCUGGGUGGGUUCAGACAGUUGGGGCUCCAAAAUAUCCCCCAUACUGAACCAGGAGGAAAUGGCCGAAGGUGCUGUCACCAUCCUACCCAAGAGACAAUCCAUAAAAGGUUUUGAUCGCUACUUCAUCAGCCGGACACUGGAAAACAACAGGAGGAAUAUCUGGUUUGCAGAGUUUUGGGAGAACAACUUUCAGUGCAAGCUCAGCCGGCACGCUUUGAAGAAAGGAUCCGGCAUCAAGAAAUGCACAAAUCAUGAGCGGAUUGGGAAAGAUUCAUCCUAUGAGCAAGAGGGGAAAGUGCAGUUUGUAAUUGAUGCAGUUUACGCCAUGGCUCAUGCUCUGCACAACAUGCACAAAGAUCUCUGUCCUGGGAAAGUUGGCCUCUGCCCCAAGAUGGAACUCAUCAACGGCACACUGCUGCUCAAGUACAUCCGAAAUGUUAACUUCACAGGAAUUGCUGGCACCCCAGUGGUCUUCAACAUGAAUGGGGAUGCUCCCGGGCGCUACGAAAUCUAUCAAUACCAGGUCACAAGUAACUUCUCCGACUACAAGAUCAUUGGUCACUGGACGGAUCAGCUCUACUUAGACACGACUGAGAUGCAGUGGCCCGGUGGGACACAAGAAGUCCCCUCCUCUAUAUGCAGCCAGCCCUGUCGUCCUGGGCAGCGCAAGAAGACAGUAAAGGGAAUCCCAUGCUGUUGGCACUGUGAGAAUUGCGAUGGCUACCAGUAUCAGGCAGACACUUUCACCUGCAAGAUGUGCCGUUUUGAUUUGCGGCCUAAUCGGAACCACACUGGCUGUGAUCCCAUUCCCAUUGUCAAGCUGGAGUGGAGCUCUCCCUGGGCAGUCAUCCCGGUCUUGAUUGCUGUAGCGGGCAUCAUGGCCACUCUGUUUGUGGUCGUCACCUUUGUGCGCUACAACGACACACCUAUUGUUAAGGCAUCAGGUCGAGAGCUGAGCUACGUGCUGCUGACAGGGAUCUUUCUGUGCUAUGCUACAACAUUCCUCAUGAUCUCUGCCCCUGAUGUGGUUAUCUGCUCUCUGCGGAGGAUUUUCCUGGGCCUGGGUAUGAGUAUAAGCUACGCAGCUCUGCUCACCAAGACAAAUCGGAUCUACAGGAUUUUUGAGCAGGGCAAGAUGUCGGUCAGUGCCCCUCGUCUCAUCUCCCCAGCCUCACAGUUAGUCAUCACGUUCAGUCUGAUAUCAGUGCAGCUCCUCGGGGUGUGCAUCUGGUUUGGCGUCGACCCUUCACAGGCCAUCAUCGACUAUGAGGAUCAGCGUACAUCCAAUCCCAAAAUGGCCCGUGGCGUUUUGAAAUGUGAUAUUUCAGACCUGUCCCUCAUCUGUCUGCUGGGUUAUAGCAUGCUGCUGAUGGUUACCUGCACAGUCUACGCCAUCAAGACUAGAGGGGUCCCUGAGACGUUCAACGAGGCCAAGCCCAUUGGCUUCACGAUGUACACUACCUGUAUCGUUUGGCUCGCCUUCAUCCCCAUCUUCUUUGGGACUUCACAAUCAGCCGAAAAGAUGUACAUCCAGACCACAACCCUGACCAUUUCUGUAAGCCUCAGUGCAUCAGUCUCUCUGGGAAUGCUCUACAUGCCCAAGGUCUACGUGGUUCUCUUUCACCCUGAGCAGAACGUACCGAAGCGCAAGCGCAGCCUGAAGGCUGUGGUCACCGCAGCCACCAUGUCCAACAAGUUCAACCCUAAAGGAGGCCUGAGGCCAAAUGGAGAGGCCAAGUCUGAGCUCUGUGAAAGUCUGGAAACACAAGCGCUGGCCUCCAAGCAGACAUACAUAAGCUACAGUAACCAUGCCAUCUGAGAAAGAGACAGACUGUGGAAGGAAAGCAACGGCCUGCCUGAGGAGAAGAAGUCACCUGAUUCCACAGGAUGCUGGGGAAACACUGGAGGACUUUGAAGCAGCUACAGAUGAGAGGACUGGGGGUGGAAAGAUGGGAAUUUGUCACUCCAUGAAUGAAAGGAUGUCAUAUUUUUCUAGAGAAUCAGGUAAAAAGGCUUGAAUGCCAAAUUUGUGAGAAUAUGUCAAGAUGGAAGGAGAUGGGAGAUGCGAGGGAGAAUGGACAGUUAAAUUUCCUCUUCCCACCCUUUCUAAGACACAUGAGAGUGCUGGGUAGUGAUGUGUUCAGGUGCAGGCUGAGUGAAACAGCUGGAGACUACAGUAUGUUUUCCUUCUGAAGUGUAUAGCACACAAUUUCAGUUCUCUAAGAGGCGCUUGUUGCCUCAUUUCAACAAAAACAAAGCAAAAAGUGUUCUGUUUUUGCUCAAGUCAAAUGCAGUUGAGAGGCUAUAACAGUAUAAAACAAAGUCAUUAUUUUUUGUUACUGGUAUUUUGGGUUUGAAAGCUGCAACUGUCCAUGCCUUAUUACAGUACAGUAAGAAUUUCUACAGAAACUAACCAUAUCUGAAACAAAAACAAAGCAGUGGGUCACCCCAGGUUUUUUAAAUCAAUGUUUCAUAAUGGUGAUGAUGACGAUGCCAUCAUCUAGUGUACAGUCCCAGAGCAUGCUUGUGGGAGCAUCACGUGUACUGUGCUGUGUCGUCAAACGUCUAUGGAAUUUGUCAUGGUUGUCAUUCACAGUGGAGACAUCAUUUUGGACCAUUACCCACUGGGUUACCCUCUGCUGAACAAACCGUAAUUUCAAACACUGAAGGAGCAAAACUAAAGACAAAUUGCUGUGGAAUACAUUUUAUAGGUUACGCCACACUCCAUAAAUGUCAGUCAGGACUUGGAGGACUCGUCGAUGCAUACUUCAAACAUCCCUGAUUUAUUGGCCCUUAUUUAUCACACCCUUGUUGAAGCACUUGCAAAUUUAAAUGGUUGGAUGACUGUGGGAUAUUUAAGUAAACAUGUUGGUUAAACAUCCAUAUCAGCCCACAUAAUGUAUACAUUUGGUCACAAUAAAAGCACACAGGCAGUUGGAGUUCCCCCAAGAAAUUACACAACCACUUAUUCUUAUGCUACUUUGUGUUUUUCAUAUAUGUGUAUUUCUGUAUUUAGAUGUAGAAAAUUUAAAAGAAUAAUCUUAUUGAAAAAAGCAGUGGAGCUACUAUACAGCUUGUUUUUGCAGGAAUACAACAACACAUCAUUCAGUUGUCAGAUGUGCUAUUUUUAAACCAUGAUGGUACAGUAUGAUGGAUCAGACAGACAGUAUUC